CUUCUUCUCCCAACCAGGCAGGUUCCGGUGGGUUGUUUUUGUCGCACCAUUCCAAUGGUCUAGGCUAUAAUCUUAAUUGGAGAGAAAAUCUUUUUGCUUUAUAUAGUAGCCUCUGCUCGUGCAGGCUCCCAUUAUUACUUAUUCUAAUUGGAGAGGUCCCCUUUUAAUCUCCAACUAGUCACUUACUUAGUUGUUUGUCUUGUCUCACAUAUAACACUUAUUCAUUUACUUCUAUCCCUGCAGAAUGAUGGGCUUAUUAUCGCUGCGAUGAUCGGAUCCCUUUUUCUAUCUUAUUUCAGUUAUAUUCUAUAAUUACUUUUAAGAUCGGUCUCAGCUUUUGAUACAGUGGUUGGUAAGGCAGGCAGGCAGGCACCUACAAUGGACAUCGACCACUCCAAUACAACUGCCAGCUCUAUCGCCCUCAUCGAUAAUACUGCGCCCCGUCGCCGCCACUCUGAAACUCCCACCGCUACAACAAACGGCGGCAGCCACGUCUCCCGGAAAUGGACGAAAAGGUCAAUUCGCGGCGAGCUGAAGAAGCGCAAAUACGCUAAAUGGCAACCGGAUCGAUUGGGGCUUACGACCGAUGAUGAAGACAACAACUACAGCUGCAACAACAAUGAAGAGGAGGAAGGCAUACCGUCAUCCAGCAGACGACCCUCCGAAAGACCAGAACCGUCAGACCUCUUUACUACAGAAACAGCAACCACCACGAGCCCUCCCCCUUCGCAAUACCAAAGUCGAAGUGACAGUCCCAGCCAACAACAACAACAACCCUCCCCCCCUUCGCAGGAUGUCAGCGCCACGGAUUUCGCCCCAGAAAGCAACACUCUCGUCACCACUCACACCACCACUACAACUACAGGGGCUAACGCCCCCAAACUCACCGGCCUAAAACCCAACACCGAGCUCGACAUCCUCUACGAAAACCAACGCGGGUGGUUCUUCUUCGGCAUCCCGCUCUACUCGCACAGCUCCCUGCUCAACUUCGACCCCUCCGCCUGGCAGACCGCCGACCUGCGCGACAGUCCCGUGGACAUCACGAACGCGCAAGUGCCCGAUCCCAGCUGGGUAUGGGCGUGGCGGUCCUGGUACGUUGAUAUGUCCGGCGACGUGGACGACCAGGGAUGGCAGUAUUCGUUCUCAUUCAAGUCGACGGCGUGGCAUGGUUCGCAUCCAUGGUUCCAUUCGUUUGUGCGCCGGCGCAGAUGGGUGCGGGUGAGGACGAAACGGUUGGUGGAUAGACAUGGACGGACGGAGUUGGAGAUGGCGCAUAGGUUGAAUGAGGACUAUUUCACGAUUCACUCGGGGAAGAAGAAGAAGAGGCCGGUUAGUGAGGUCGGUGGGGGUGAGUAUGGGACUACGAGUUUGGGUCGGACCACGACUGCGACGACUUCAAGGGAGAUGGAGGAGGAAGGGGCGCCGAUAGAGGAAAUAGCGAAUAUCCCGGCGUUGAUGCACGCGUUGAGAGUAGCGAUUGUGGAUCGCGAAAAGGUGGAUGCGUUAGAUCGGUUCGUCGACGAAGGCGGGGAGGAGUUGUUUUAUUUGGAUGAGAAGAUCCCCGAAAUCAUGUCCAUGUUCGUCUUCCAAGCCUCCCGCUGGCACUUCGUCCUCCACCUCACCGACGUCGUCGAGUCACUCUCCCAACAACUCUCCUCAUCCAGAGGGGACGGCGAAGCCACCGAGCUGCAGCGCAAGCUGGAUCAUCUCCGAAAGGCCACCGAAACAGCUAGACGCCAUCUCACGGGCCCGGGUGUCCUGCGCAUCGAGAACCGCAAAUCGAGCAUGGAGAUGCUGGAUUUAACUCCCGUUUCGAAGCGCGAGAGUCUUUUGGCGAGAUACUCUGGCCGGUUCGAGUUCAAGUCAAUGGAUGAUGGAGGGGAGAUUAAGGGGAUUCCUAAGGAGGCGGAGGUAGACACCGUCGCGGCUAGUCCCGAAGAACCUCUCCUAUUCUUGUACCCUCGCUGGGUGGGUUCGGCUGUACGACAACACCGGAGACUUGUUUCCUCAUCAGGUCCUUCGCCGUGUGGAAAUGGGAAUGUAUAUAACGCUGCUGCUCGGAGGAGGACGGUAGCGAAGCCGCCACCAGCGGGACGGAAGCUCUCGUUUGGGAGCUCGUCGAGACGGUGGGUUUCGACGACGGCGGCGGAGGCUGCUGUUAAGACGGAAGUGAAGCAGGAUGUUGUUCCGCCUGAGCAGGGGAGAUCAGUAGCGGCUCCGCACAAAGGGAAGCGUGGUGAGGAGAAUGCCGAUACCGGACCACCUGCAUCCAUCUACAAUCAACUAGACAAUGACCCGCAAACCGAGGUGAAGAGCGAACGACACGUCUUCAAUAUCUUCUCCGAUUUACAGACGCGACCUGUGCAGCCGACGAUGGGCCGGAAGGGUAUGAGAUCGUCGGCUGGUGAAACGCCCGUUAUUGCGCUGAAGCGACUAUCGCACCGCGACCGACGGAAGUUGAGAUAUCGGCUGUUUUUGACGAAGCAAAGUCAGGGUCGUGAUAAGGCGAAGAAUAAUCAGUGGAAUAAGUGGACGAAGAUCCGGGAGAUGUUGGAGGAGAUGCACGAGGAUACGCAUGUCUGGGCGAAGAAGGGCGUCAAGCAGAAGGAAUUGCUCGUGCCGGAGGAGACGAUCGCGCUGUUAGCCGGCGUCACGGACAUGGCGUUGAAGGAGAAUGUUUGGUAUGUGCCAGUGCAUAAUGGGUGCAAGGUGCAUGUGCUGCGUCCGUUGCAGAGCCAGGGUCGGUUUCGGAGAGUGAUUCUGUCUGGUUCCGAGCGGGUGGUUGAGUUGGUCAGCGAUAGGAUUGCGCAGGCGAGGAGACUUCAAGAGCAGAGUGACCCUCUGGUCGAUAUUCAAAUCCCGCUUUUCCCGAUCAUCCCGUCUAUUGAAGCGAUGAAGCGCCAGGGUGCGCCCGUGCCGCUGGUUCGAGGUGUAUGGGAUAUACAGUCGGCUGUCAAGCAGGCCGCGAAGCUGCAUAUGGUUCUACCUGCUGGGAAGAAUUUGUCUGGGAUUAGGGACUUCGCGGAACAUGUGGAGGAAUUGACGAGGUCAAAACCUUCGUAUAACUCGAAGAUUCCCUAUUCGCACCAGAAGCAAGUGGCGCGGGCUCUUGUGCAACUGUUCCGAAAUGAGGCAUAUUCCAGCUUUAUGUCGACGGCGGCGCUGAAUCGAGCGCUGUCAUAUCUGCUCGACCAUGAGUUUCUGAACGCCGCCCGCGACAUCUUUCUCAAGUCUGAACACCUUGCGACGGUGGAUACCUUUAAUAUCCUCCUGAAGUCUGCGGCUAAGAGGCAAGACCUCCGCUUCUUCCGGCAGUUCUUGCUGGCCAUGUCUCGACUGAGCAUUCGGCCGGACCCCAACACAUGGCUCACCCUGCUGGAUUGUCUGGUUGCUCCCAAGGCGAAAGCAGAUCUCGUCACAUAUAUGCUGCAGCGCGGGUACCUGGAGAACAUGGGUGCGAUGCGGACGGCGCUACACCUGACUCUGCCCAACACGUUCCGAGCACACUUAGAAAGUGGCAAGAGCGUGGAUUCAUUCAUCAGGCAGACCGCCGACUCCUGCGGAGAUAGCUGUUUCGCUCCAUCUUUGAUCAGCCAGAUGUUCGGUGUCAUCGUCCGGCUGAAAGACUUUGCUGCCCUGGACCGGUUAUUCGACAUCUGCAAGCAGAACGACCUAACUUUCAACAGUGCUACCAUCACCCAAAUUCUGUCUCUUUUCCGAGCAGACAUGCCCACCGCUCUGCGGUAUCUCUUCCGAUGCCUAGAGCGCCCCGAAACGAAGCUCGAACGGCACGCAUGGGAGCGACUCUUCCUGGUCGCCUUCAAGGGCCAAUACUACAACAUCUGCCGGGUCCUCUGGAGGUACGCGUGCAUGUCCGGAAACGUGACAUACAAGAUGAAGCGCACGGUCGUGACUUCCUUGAUCCGCAAUGUGCCCCGAAAGCCCGAGACCAACGUCCACACGAUCUGGGAUGUGAGUGCGGGCAAAGUCAUCGUGGGACUGGAUCUGCACCGUCCCGACCAUAAGCUCCAGACCACCGUGCUCGACAAACUACCCCGGGAGUAUCGCACCAACCCCAUCGCCUAUUUGAGUUCAGGCUACAAGCCCAGCGGCGAAGAGCGGGAGCAGCAGAUCCAAGUGGCCUCUGCGCUCACGCAGCAUGAUAUCGAGAUCGGUUCCUGGCAUCGCCCGCAGUUUCCUCUGCUGAUUAUGUUGGAGGCCGCCUCGGUCUUGGAUCAAGAGUGGCGGAAGGUGCCGCGGCCGGUACACUGGCUGGUCCAGAAUGCCAUUCGCGUGCCGGUGAGAAAGUCGAUGUAUCCGGCUUGAUCUGUUCCCUUGUUAUUUGCUCGAUUGUGGCUUCACCAUGGCCCUGUUAUAUAUACACAUCUUGUACAUUAUGCCCUCCCUCCCGUCCACCCCACAUAACAUCACAUAACACUCUGUACAUAGACCUGGAACCACCCC